AUGCCUUUCCAAGCUCAAGGAAAAAUUGGGCUGGGAAGGCGAUGCUCAUGUUCGUAUUCAGCGUGGUGCAAAGCUUUAGUAAAGGCACCUUUACGGUGGUUAGUUUCUUGGACGGAACAUGCGCACAUGGAGACGUUCUCUGACUGGAAAUAUGGGAAGAUGCAAAGGCAAGGGGUUCUCAAAGUAGCUCAUGCUGGGUUGGCGUUUUCGAUAAAGUACUGGUUAGAAAUACAAAUUGGUGUUAUAUCACCUGUUAACUACCUGCUUGUGUUUGAGGUCUUUGUCUUACAUAAUCUCUUACUAUGGAUGCCGCCUGAACUCCCGCCGCAUACGUCCCUGCCACGCACAAACCCGUCUUCCGUGUUCUCGGGUUUGCCUCUCGAUCUCCAUGUUUCGGACCAUCAAACCAUUGAUUCUGACCAGGGCCAGGACGUCCAACCCCAACCCGUAGUGGGUGACAAAGCCACCAGUCCUCCUGUCGCUGGUCGUCGCGAUAAAGUUUCCUUGGCUGGACAAGAGGAAGAUCCGGGAAAUAUUGAAGACGAAGGGCUCGAAACGGAAUCCGACGAAGAUAACGCAAAUAGCCCAAGCGGGUCUAAACUCUCAUCCGGCGAAGACUUUGACGAACCAUUUCAACCUCCUGGCCGAUCAGCCAAACCGAAAAACCUUCCAAUGAGGCGCUCUAAAAAGGCCGGAUCAGUCAAACGUCGCUCCUCCAACAGGCCGGGCCUGUCCGUCGUGGCUGGCGGUGAAAACGGCCACGCCAACAGCGACAUGAAUUCCAAUGUCGAAAUGCGGAGGAAGGACAAUUCUCUCGACUCGGCCCCUUCAGCUACCCAGGCUGUCCAGCUGAUGAACAGAUCAAAUUUCACGCUCGACGAUGAACCCCCAACCCCUCAAACACCGAGGAUGACGAACAUGAGCUUUAGCGAUCUACCCAUGUAUGACAAGCGGAAUUUUGCGCUGUUAUGUCUUCUCUACUUCUUGCAAGGUGUACCAAUGGGCCUAGCGGCCGGAUCAGUCCCUUUUCUUCUUAAACCUUUCCUCUCCUACGGCCAAAUCGGCAUAUUUUCCCUUGCGUCAUACCCUUAUUCCUUGAAACUGUUAUGGAGCCCCAUUGUAGAUGCCGUUUGGAGUCGAAGAUUUAGAGGGAGGAAAAGCUGGAUCACGCCCAUCCAGAUGCUAUCAUUGAUUACCAUGUUAUACCUGGGAGUUCUAGCUGUCCGGAAAAGGGAAGAGAAAUCCAACGAUCGAGAUGGCAUCCUCGCCGUCUACAAAAGCAUGUGGGGCGUAUUGAAGCUGACCAACAUUCACACCUUAAUAAUCGUACACCUCAUCGCAAAGAUUGGGUUCCAGGCCAACGAUGCAGUUACCAGUCUGAAGCUAAUUGACCAGGGCUUUGGCCAAGAGAACAUGGCACUCGUCGUUCUAAUCGAUUUUCCCUUCGAAAUUGGUCUGGGAUACUAUGCCGGAAAAUGGUCGAACAGAUAUACGCCAAUGAGACUUUGGUGCUGGGCAUUUGUUGCCCGCCUAUUCGCUGCACUUCUCGCACAGGCAGUUGUCAUGGUUUUCCCAAAGGGUGACGGGCCAAUUCCUACCUGGUAUAUCCUGGCUGUUAUUGGCGAACAUGUCUUCUCCACGUUCAUGAUGACUGUUAUGUUUGUGGCUAUUUCCGCCUUCCACGCACGCAUCGCUGACCCCGUCAUCGGUGGGACUUACAUGACCUUACUCGCAACUGUCUCCAACCUGGGCGGAACUUUCCCCAAAUUUUUCAUUCUCAAACUGGUCGAUCUCUUCACGAACGCAACCUGCAUACCGCCCACAGAAACACCUGCGGGCAUAAAAGAUCCUAUCACGGCGCAAUUUUCCUGCGCACUCGAAGCAGACAAGCUUCGCUGUGAAGCUGGCAAGGGUGUUUGCCAGGUCUACCGCGACGGGUACUAUACUACCAACAUUAUAUGUGUAAUUAUCGGCACAAUUACAUUCUUCCUAUAUAUCAGACCGGCUGUUCUCAAGGUGCAACAAUUGCCAUUACGCGCAUGGCGACUUAACGGCAAUAAUAGGCAGGCAUAG